AUGUCUGAUACCGAAGAACGUUUGGAGAAGUUCAAAGAGCAAAAUAAGGCAGUCUUCGACCCUAACACAAGACAAGUAUGGGAGACCCAAACUGCAAACGAUGCUACUUUAAAGGACGAAAGUGUAGCAUCCGGUAAUAGUGCCGGUGUUGAUAAAGAAAAGAUUGAAAACGGUAAUAUUCAAAGCAACAAUAAUGCAGAAGAUGACGAAGAAGAAGAAGAAGAAGAUGAUGCUGCUACAUCAGGUAUCGUGCCGACUUUACAAAAUAUUGUUGCAACAGUGAAUCUUGGUUGUAGAUUAGAUUUAAAGACUGUUGCUUUACAUGCACGUAAUGCAGAAUAUAACCCUAAACGUUUUGCGGCUGUUAUUAUGCGUAUCCGUGAACCAAAGACUACAGCUUUGAUUUUUGCCUCAGGUAAAAUGGUUGUUACUGGUGCUAAGAGUGAAGAUGAUUCUAAGCUAGCAAGUAGAAAAUAUGCAAGAAUUAUUCAAAAGAUUGGUUUUGCAGCUAAAUUUACAGAUUUCAAGAUUCAAAAUAUUGUCGGUUCUUGUGAUGUGAAAUUUCCUAUUAGAUUAGAAGGUUUGGCAUUUAGUCACGGUACUUUCUCGUCAUAUGAACCAGAAUUAUUCCCUGGUCUAAUUUAUAGAAUGGUGAAACCAAAGAUUGUGCUGCUGAUUUUCGUGAGUGGUAAGAUUGUUUUGACGGGUGCAAAACAAAGGGAAGAAAUUUAUCAGGCGUUUGAAGCUAUAUACCCUGUGUUGAGUGAAUUUAGAAAGAUGUAA